CAGACUUUAGAAACAAAAAAAACUAAAAAUAUAUCCAGCAUCAGUUGGUAAAUACCCAAAACCAAACAUUUAAGACCUGUGCUGACACUCUUUGACUAAAGACUGAAGAGCCGCGUACAUUUGUAAAUAUGUUUGCGGCAAACACUUGAAGCCAAUUUGGUUUGCUGGCUGUCUUCUUUUUUCAACAUUUUUGAAACCGGCCGCCAAAGAGUCAAACAGAGUCAAUAAAAAUGAAGUAAAAACGUAUGAAAAAAAAAGCAAAGUCACACAAAACAAACAAAACAUUUUCCGGCUCCGGCGACAUUAACAGAACUGCUCGACAUCGACAAUUUGUUUUAUCAAUUUUCAACAAGGCCAGCAGCAGCAACAACAAUAACAACAACAAUAGCGCAACACCCAACAAGCCAGCAAACAACAAAAGCACCCAGAGUGCUUAGCCGUCGAGCACGCACGCCAAAGCCACCCAGCCACCCAACAACCACCCACUCGAACCUCCCUUAACCGCCUACCACCCCCACAUCCUUGGGCCAACCCAACCCCUUUUCCGAGGUCUCCGCCAGCAUCCGCAUCCAUAUUCGCAUCCACAUCCGCAUCCUCGAUAGCCAAAAAAAAAAAAAAACAAAAAACGGAAAAAACGACGACGGACGCCCCACAGUGAAACCAGGCACAGUGAACUCGCGUGUCGCCGCUUUUUAAGGCCAAUUCAGCCAGCGACACAAUGGCUGCAUAUGCGCAGUUUGGAUACGCUGGCUACCCGACGGCAAAUCAGCUGACUACCGCCAAUACCGACAGCCAGAGCGGCCAUGGCGGAGGAUCGCCGCUGUCCGGGACGAAUGAGGCUUCGCUGAGUCCCUCGGGCGGUUCAACGGCCACCGGUCUGACCGCCGGUCCUCUCAGUCCAGGUGCAGUUUCCCAGUCGUCGCACCAUGCGAGUGGUCACAAGGGACACUCCACAUCGCCGGCGGAGGAUGCGGUUGGCGGAGGGGCCGAUGUCCCGGGUGGCCUCUCAUCCGCCGCCCAGGACCUGCCAGCCCGCGGAUCCUGCUGCGAGAACGGACGACCCAUCAUCACGGAUCCCGUGUCCGGCCAAACAGUGUGCUCCUGCCAGUACGAUCCGGCAAGACUGGCCAUCGGCGGCUACUCCCGCAUGGCCCUGCCCUCCGGCGGAGUGGGGGUCUACGGCGGACCGUAUCCCUCCAAUGAGCAGAACCCGUACCCCAGCAUCGGCGUGGACAACUCGGCCUUCUACGCACCUCUGAGCAAUCCCUACGGCAUCAAGGACACCAGUCCCAGCACCGAGAUGAGUGCCUGGACCUCGGCCAGUCUACAGUCAACCACGGGAUACUACUCCUACGAUCCCACGCUGGCGGCCUACGGAUACGGACCCAACUAUGAUCUCGCCGCCAGGCGGAAGAAUGCCACCCGGGAGUCCACGGCCACGCUGAAGGCCUGGCUGAGUGAGCACAAGAAGAACCCCUAUCCGACGAAGGGCGAGAAGAUCAUGCUGGCCAUCAUCACCAAGAUGACCCUCACCCAAGUGUCCACCUGGUUCGCCAACGCUCGACGCCGGCUGAAAAAGGAGAACAAGAUGACCUGGGAGCCCAAGAACAAGACCGAGGAUGAUGACGACGGCAUGAUGUCGGACGAUGAGAAGGAAAAGGAGUCCGGAGAUGGUGGAAAACUCUCCACAGAGGCUUUCGAUCCUGGCAAUCAACUUAUCAAAUCGGAGCUGGGCAAGGCGGAAAAGGAGGUGGACAGUGACCAGAAGCUGGAUCUUGACCGGGAGCCGCACAAUUUGGUGGCAAUGCGGGGACUGGCGCCCUAUACCACGCCCCCCGGUGCCCAUCCCAUGCACGCGGCCUACAGUUCGUAUGCGCAAUCCCAUAACACGCAUACGCACCCGCAUUCGCAGCAAUUGCACCACCAGCAGCAACAGCAGUUGCAGCAACAUCAGCAGCAGCAGCAACAGCAGCAUCAGCAGCAGCAGCAGCAACAACAAAUGGAGCAGCCGUACUACCAUCCAAGUGGCUAUGGCCAGGAGGAAGCGGGGGACUUUGCGGCCCAAAAAAACCCGCUGAGCAGAGACUGUGGCAUCCCAGUUCCGGCGAGCAAGCCCAAGAUCUGGAGCGUGGCCGACACAGCCGCCUGCAAGACGCCCCCGCCCACCGCGGCGUACCUCGGCCAGAACUUCUACCCGCCCUCGUCGUCGUCGGCGGAGCAGCAGCAGCAGCACCAGCUGCACCACCAUCCGCCGCAGCAGCAGCAGCAGCAGCCACAUCAUCACCCACACCACCACCACUCGAUGGAGCUCGGUUCGCCGCUGAGUAUGAUGAGCAGCUACGCCGGCGGAUCGCCCUAUUCGCGGAUACCUACGGCGUACACCGAGGCCAUGGGCAUGCACCUGCCCAACACCAACACCAGCACCAGCACCAGCAGCAGCAGCAGCAGUUCCUCCUCCGGCAAGGUCCUGCCGCCCACGCCCACGCCCACCCACAUCCCCAUUCCUAUGCCCAUCAGUAUGCACCCGGUGCCGCAGCGGGUGGGGUUUCCCGAGAUCCAGCCCGAUACGCCGCCCCAAACGCCGCCCACUAUGAAGCUCAACAGCAGCAGCAGCAUCGGCAGCAGCGGCAGCAACAGCGGGAGCAGCCACAGUUCUUCGAUGCAUUCCGCUCCGGUGACGGUGGCUUCCAUGGUCAACAUUUUGUACAGUAACGAUGCUGGGGCAUACGCAGGACAUGGCCAUGGCCAUGGUCAUAGUCACUCUCAUGGUCACAUGGUGGGUGGCUCCAACGCCUUCCAUCUCGCAGAGAGCCGUUCCGGGUCGUAAUUCGACCUUGAACCAGUUAAAACUGCCCAGAUACCAGUUACCAGUUACCAGAUACCAAAUAGCAAAUAGCAAGCGAAACUACUUACACAUUUCGACGGGCGGGACAAGUGCAAUCGCUAUUACGAUUACGAUUACGAUGACUACGACGAGUAUGAGUACGAUUUACCAGAUAGCGAUAACUACACUAAUUAUUUUGCAAUAAAUGUAGCUUAAGUAUGGCAAUAAAACUUUAUUUCCUACCAUAUCAUAAAUUAUUUCGCUUUAUAACUUUAAUUAGCAUAUUUACACUCAACCGUUGAAAAUUUCGAGACGCACACACGUCUUGGUGGGGCGGUGGUUGAUGAUUGCCGGUGGUGGCGGUGGUGGAGCUCCGACUUCUAACCGCCCACUUUGGGUGGUGCUUGAGAAAGACGGUGCCGUGUUUUUGUCAUGUUUUUUUUCGGGCCCGGAGGUUGAGUCACUCCACUCGGCUCCGGGUUUAAUGACUCGAAAUAAACGCACACCACACGAACUCAUUCAUCUUUCGUUUCGAGCGACGAGUCUCAUGCCGAGUGGCAUACCAAUAAUAAUGCCAGCCCGUACUACUCCACCGUGCUAUAAAUCACCCGAACUUUUUGUCUUAGCUCUCGUACUCUACCUUAAGUGCUUAAUCCACACAACUUAAUAAUUUUAAAUAGCAUCAUUAGAUCUUAAGGAAAUUUCACGUUGUAUUAGUGCUAAUCAUCCUAAAUUGCUGGAACGGAACAUUAGUUUCCCAAAUCCUACUUGAAGAAAUAGUUACUUUAAGAUUUUGCCUAACCCUUCGACUAUAUACUCGGCCAAAUAAUUAAUCCGUGCAAAACAUAAAUAGUUACUUAAUCGUAAACAUGUAAUUAGUUAUUUUAUUCGUUUGAUAAAUUUGUAGAAAAAUUUAAGUAUCUGUGAUAUAUGCAUAUAAAUACAUACAUACAUACGUACGUACUAUACGAGCAAUUAACUGCGCUAAUUUAGUUAAUUCACACAUACUUCUUCGUACACAAAAUGUUCUUUCGUUCAGCAACUGGUUCAAGACAUUUUUAAUGGCAUACAUUUUGUAAUUGUAAAUAGUAUUUAUGUAAAUUUGCAAAUUUAAUUAUAAAUAAAGUUGAAUAAAAUCAA